AUGCUUUUUUUGCGCGUUUCAUUGCUGUUAUGGCUGUGCCAGACCGCGCUGGCGCAAUAUUCCAGCGAUGAUCUCAUGUCAUUCGUUACACUCCCCGAUAUUCGGGCAGUGAAAUUCAAUGUCCAAUACAAGAACCGCGAGCGCAUUAGCCCCGGUUACUGGUUCGUCGCUCCUUACCUACACAUUGGCCCCGAUCCACCGUCGACUUUGUACGAGCAAUAUCAGAUCGGUCCCCAUAUCUACGAUGGUGAAGGACGCCUCAUCUGGACUGGCUCGCAGCAGUUCGAGAACCGGAACGUCUUCGAUUUCAAAGUCGUCAACAGCCUCGGCCCUGACCCACACCUUUCGAUGGUCUUGCAAAACUCGUGGGAUUCGAAUGUAGACUCCGGGUAUGGGCUGAUCUUGACCAAUAAUUAUCAAGUCCAACGAAAGCUUCCUUUGCCGGAGGACCUCGGCGUUUUUGACAUCCACGAGUUCAAAAUCCAGGACGACGGUAAGACUGCGCUGGUCACGGUCUACCUUUCUCAUGAGAUUACCCUAGAGGAAUUCGGUCGUCCGAAAGAGACUACUUGGCUUGAGACCGGCGGGUAUGCUGAGAUCGAUCUGAACACCGCCGAGGUUAUCCAGUGGUGGGACUCUUUUGGUCGCAUUCCUUUGCCCGAGACUGUCCAUUACAACGCAUAUUCUCCAGUAGAGGCACACCCUGGCUGGGAUUAUGUGCAUAUCAACUCAGUUGACAAGAAUGAAAUUGGGGACUUCUUGAUCUCAUCACGGUUUACGAACACCAUCUACCUCAUCUCCUGCAUAGAUGGAAACAUCAUGUGGCGAUUGGGUGGGAUGUAUAGCGAUUUCGAGCAAGAUUUCACCUUUUCGAAGCAGCACGACGCAAAAUUCAUUGAGUCGAAUGGGACACACCAUAUUAUCUCGUUCUUGAACAACGCCUCGGACGAGGAAUUCAACGAGGAAAAUAUGUCAUCAUCCCUAUUUGUCGAGCUGGAUACCGGCGCGAGGCCCAUGACCGCCAAAGCCAUCCAGCGCUACAACCGGCCCGAUCACCAGCUCUCGAGACUCCGCGGCAAUACCCAGCUACUUCCGAAUGACAAUGUGUUCACCUGCUGGAGCAAAGAGGGCUAUAUUUCUGAACAUGGUGCCGAUGGAGAAGUAUUGAUGACCGCCAACUUCACCUCCUCGCGCUAUUCAUCCUACCGCGGGUACAAAUUCGAAUUCACCGGUCGCCCCGCCGCACCACCAGACAUGGUCGCGUCUGUCUACGGCACCGAUGAAACCAAUAUGGUGACCACGUUCUGGGUCAGCUGGAACGGCGCGACGGAUGUUGCAUGGUGGAACUUCUACGCGCAAGCCUCCGAAUUCCACAACCCUGUCUUUAUCGGCAAGACCCCCGAUCCGAUUUCGAAACCAUGUACAUUGCCCGCGGAUAUCUGGACUGGGUAUCUGCCGAGGCAGUAG